UCCUAAUGUACAACCAAACCUCUCCUGGCACAGCUUGAGGUGAUAUUCUCUCAUCCUGUCACUAGUUGUGUGGGAGAAGAGGCCGAUCCACAGCUGGCUACAAUCUCCUGUCAGGUGGUUGCAGACAGUGGUAAGGUCACCCCCAAGCCUCCUUUUCUCUCGGCUAAACAAUUCCCGCUCCCUCGGCCGCUCCUCAUCGGACAUAUGCUCCCAACUUUUCACUGGACACGCUCCAGCACCUCAGUGCCCUCCCUGGAGUGAGGCGCCCAGAAGUGGGCACAGUAGUCGAGGCGGCCUCAGCGGUGCCGAGUACAGGGGAAGAAUCGCUUCCCUAGUCCUGCUGGCCGCACUGGUACAACGGUUUAAAAAUGUCUGAUCUGAAAGAUAUUGUACACAGAACCCAUUGUAUUGAAACUCUGCUGUCUGAGAACAAUUUACAAGAUAUUGAGGAUCAUCUUAAAGAACUUGCAGAUGUUGAUAUGACUGUAGAAUAUCUUCAGAGGACAGAAGUUACCAAGGCUGUAUAUAGAGUACUCAAGAGCUGCCCUUCAGGAGAGUUGAAAAAGAAAGCAAAGCAGUUAUUGUCAAGGUGGAAAACACUUUACAAGAAUAACUGUGCUCAGUCAAUGCAAGUUAAAAAGUCAGUUUCUGUGUAUGUGAAAGAAGAAAUUGAGCAUCUCAGUGUAGUUCCUAGAGAGCAGUUGCUGUCUGAAGGACCAUGUCAGCAGGAGGCAUUAGAUGGUACUAGCUCCAACACUUUGGUCCCAUCACAAACUUUAAAAAAUGUGGUACAUAACAAUGCAGAAGUCAGUAUUAAUCAGCAUUCUUCUUUUGAGGAGCAACACACUGUUCAUGAAGAUUCUAAAUCUGUUGUUAGCGAAGCAAGCCUGCAGCAGGACCUGAUGAGAGCUCUGAGGUGUAAAUGUGUGGAUCUUCUUUUCAAAGCUUUGAUUGGUUCUACCAAAGAUGAAGAAGAAACUGUUAAAUGGCUAGAGUUAGCUAAAGAAAUUGAAGAACAUAUUUUUGCUCUUCAUGCUAAAAAUGAUAAAAAGUAUAAAAAUUGCAUCAGAAGUAAAAUCUCUAACCUUAAGAACCCUAAAAGUUGCCACUUAAAGCAUAACCUUUUUUCGGGAACUUUGAGCCCAAAGGCGUUUGCUGAGAUGACAGUGAUGGAAAUGGCCAGUGAUGAACUGAAGCAGCUCAGGGCUCUGUACACAAAAUCAUCUGUUCAGGAACAUCAGCUUCCACAGGUGAUUAAUGGCACACAGACAAACAAAAUAAAGUGCAGACGCUGUGAAAAAUUUGAUUGCACUGUCACUAUGAUUGCCAGAGGAACUCACUUUCUUCCAGCUUGGGUGCGAAACACAAAUCCAGAUGAACAAAUGUUGACAUACGUUAUUUGUAAUGAAUGUGGAGAACAGUGGUAUCACAGCAGAUGGAUUUGUUUGUAACGCUGUCCCUCUAUAAUAAGGGGCUUGGAAACGUGUAUGACAACUUACCUCUGUUGAAACUCUGUAAUUUUGAAUUCUGUGCUGAUAUUGUGUGGGUGCUGCCACUAAAAACUGCAAUAUCAGUUUUAAAAAACUGUUGAUGUAUUUUUAAAGAUGGCUUGAAUGGAUCUUGCAUGUUUUUAAGUAAUGUAAAUAUGUAAAGAAAUAAAGGGUAAAAGGAAAAAAAUUGUUACACUGUAUCUGAGUGGCAUGUUUGCUAGUAAAUCCAUUAAAAUUA